AUUGACAUGACAUGACGGAUACAGAACUCGAAGAUGAUGUGGUGGAGUUUGACUUCCCGCUUCCCAUUAAGUUGAAUCAAAAUCCCAAUCAAAUUCAUACAAAAAUACGUCAAUUACUUCAACUUUCAGACGAUGAUGAAGACUUAAACUUUAUCUUUACUACUACCGCAUCAUUAUGUGAUCCAUUCACUCAACCAGAAGAGAAUGAAUCAUAUAUACUUAGUGUAGAUCUCGUUGGUGAUCUUCUUAUAGGUCUUACGUAUUCCAAAUAUGUUAAUGAUAAGCGAGAUGAGUUACCACAAGAAAUCGAAUCAAUUAAAUUUGAUUUAUCAACUAAAUAUUUUAUAUUAUUAAAACAUAUUCAUACUAUACUUAAUGCUAUAGAUGAAUUAGAUCUUCGAUAUUUAGAUAAUAGUGAAGAUAAUUUCCAAGAUAAUAUUAAAUUUUGGACUCCUCAUCCAGAACUUGCUAAUGAUGAAUUUAAUUUAAAGAUUGUUUAUUCUAUGGCUUGUGUAUUAAUUAUGAGUAUUUAUAAAUUAUUUAAACCUUCUAAAGGUAUAUAUAAUUUAGCUUUAAAUCCAUAUUUACAAUAUUUUCUUAAAUUAUGGAAAUGUCAUACGAAUAUAACACUUUUAGGUUUACAAAUAGAUCGAAGAAUUGAAGAUAAUAAUGAUCAAAAUCCUGAAUCCUUAGAGGAAACUCCAGAAAUAAUUAAACAAGUACUUAAGGGAACUAGUAGUAUACGAUAUGUAUUAGCUUGGGUACUUAAUCAAAACCCUUCACUGUGGUAUGAUGAAGAUCUUGAUGUAGUAGUACCAAGAGAUGAUAAUAAAGAUCUUACUAAAGAAACUUUAUUAAACUUUAUUCAUCCUCUUGGACGAAGAAUUGUUAAUGGAGGUUCACUUCUGAUUGAUAUGAGAUUAAUAAUCAUUGCUCUACUUAUAUUAAAUGUUGGAGUCACUUUUGUAUCGGGUCAGUUUCUGGAAACUGAUAAAUCUUCAAGAACUGAAGAGGAAGCUACUCGUCGAUUUAAUCAAUCUACUAUGAUUUUGGAAUUGGGAGAUAUUCUUAUUGAUCUUGAAUAUGAUGAUCGAUUUGAUGAAGAUGUACGAUACAUGUUUGAGAAUGAAUAUGAUGAAGACGAUGCUGUUGAUGAAUGGGAGGAAGAUGAAGAAGAUGUACAAUUACAAAAUGAUGAUAUACAAGACACGCAAGAUAAAUCAUUAUCACGAGCUAUACGAUCGACUGAAAGUUCUACUACCAUUGAUUUCGAUGAAAAUGGAAGAGAUUGGCGAGAUUUAGCCCGAGGAGAAAAUACUAAAUAUUCGGCUUGGUUCAUUAAGAAACUUCGUGAAUAUGAUGUAUUGAAAAAUAAAAAUGAUUCUGAUGAUUUCUUUGAUAGUGAGACUGAACUUAUUGAGUCAUUUGACUUUCUUACAGUAUCAUCUAUUGAAGGAGACUCUGAGGUUGAGAAGAGAUUAGGACAAAUUGUAUUAAAUACUAUAGCUAAAGCAAUUAAAGAUGAACAAGAUGGUAAAAAAGAAGGUGUUAUAUCACCUGAUGCAAUUUAUCAGUAUUGGUCAUCUCCAGCUUCAGAAAAAGCUGUGGGUUUAACUCAAGAGAACAAUAAACUUAUUGUUCCAAUCUUUAGUAUUACCAAUUUUGAGUUAUUACUUCAAAACAAUAAUAAACUUGCUAGAUGUAUGAUGGAUGAAAUGUUGAUGUGUAGUGGAUAUAGGAGAGUAUUAAUCUGGUUCUUAACUCAUAACAUCAACUUAUCAGCAUUAUUAAUUGAUUAUGUAUUUGAAUUACUGUCUGGACUCCGAGGUCAGAAUAAUAAGCAAGUUCCUUAUUUAUUCACUCGAUGUGGAGAUCUGUUGGUGAUUAGUGAAGUUGAGCAACUGAUGUUAUUACAUGAAUUCUUAACUAAUUGUAGUGUUUACCUUUCUGCUACUGAUGGAAUUGAAAUUGAUGAUGGUUAUAAAGUGGUUCUUGCUGAAUCUAUAGCCAAGAAAUAUUUAUCAUUGUUAUGUUUGAUGAUAACUCGAUUAAUAUCAAUAGGAAUUAUUAACUUAGAUGUACCUCAGAAUGAAGACAGCAUUGAUGAUUAUUCUAAUGAACUUCGAGUAUUGCUAAUUAAUUGGGUUGGUAAAUUACCAGCAGCCAGAGAACUUUUCUUUAAGGUUCAGAAUAGUAGUGCAAGAGCAUCUGAACAAAAGGCGGUUAAUUCUAGUACUAGUACUAGUGCUAAUACUAGUGUUGAUUACUCUAUGGAAGAUGUCAUUGGUUUAUUCAAAACGUAUGACGCUAUGGAUGCUAUAGAGAUAACGCACGAUAUGGCUUCCAAUACCAAUCAUAGAGAAAUCAUUCAAUUCUAUACUGACAGACUCAGUGGACUGAUUGAGAGUUCUAUAUCGUUUGGUAUAGUAACAGCUCCUAAAGUCUCACUACAGGACAUUUCCCAAGACUUUGAGUUCUUCUUUACAAACUUCAAUGUCUUAUGUAAGAUCGAUACUAUGGCCAGUAUACUAUUUAAGAGAUUUGAAAGCUUUGUAACUAGUGGUACACUCGAAGUAGAAGCUCAGCAUGAGCCAACACUUAUUGAAGAUAAAGAAGAAGAAAAUGUAGACGCUGAAUUUAAUGCCAAUUUCCUCAAUGGAAGUGGACACUUUGAUGAAUCACAGGCUAAUCCUAAAAAGAAAGGUAAGAAAAAGAAGAAGACCAAACGUAAGUAGUUAAACUAGUGUAUUAUAUAGACUGUAUAUUAGAU